UCAGGUACUUGUAUGUUUCUUCUUGAUAUGCUUUCUUUUCCUUUCAAGUGUUUUACCCCCCAAGACUUCCAUCGCGUUGCAUUUCUGGUGUGAUUACUAAAUUUAAGCAGCUGAAGACUUUCACUUGUCACAUAAAUUAGUUCCAGGGUGACAGAGAUUAGCCACAGUUUUUACUUUCUUAGUAAUGAUGUCGUCUGGAUUAACAUACUGCCCCUUGAGAUAUAGCCUUGGCUCGCCCACAAGAGGGCCAGGAUCACAUAAGAAACACGUCGCUUUCUUUCCUGAUUUCAGGACCUCUAAGGAUUUGCUCUAUCUGCCAAGAAAUGGUUUGGCUGCAUCAACUUGGAGAUAUAAAAGGCGGACUCCUUCCCUUAAGUGUGCAAUGGAUGCAACCUUCGGAGAUGCUACUAAUGACUCAACUGCUAUCUUUCCUAGAAUUAAUGUUAACGACCCUUACAAGCGACUAGGAAUCAGUCGGGAAGCUUCUGAAGAUGAAAUUCAAGCUGCUAGGAACUUCCUAAUACAAACCUAUGGAGGGCACAAGCCUAGCGUGGAUGCAAUUGAAUCAGCUCAUGAUAAAAUUAUAAUGCAAAAGUUCUACGAAAGGAAAAACCCUAAGAUCAACAUCAAGAAAAAGGUUAGAGAAGUAACCCAGUCGCGCUAUGUGCAGGCUGUCGCAAGCAGGUUUAGAACCCCAUCCACAAGUGUCAUCAUAAAAACUUCAAUCGCUUUCAUAGCUCUCGGACUGCUCACUGUUCUCUUUCCAACGGAAGAAGGCCCGACUCUUCAAGUUGCUAUUUCCUUGAUUAUUACUGUGUAUUUUAUUUAUGAUCGGCUGAAGAGCAAAUUACGAGCUUUUCUUUACGGGGCUGGAAGUUUUAUUCUUUCAUGGCUUCUAGGAACAUUUCUGAUGGUGUCUGUGAUGCCACCAAUACUCAAGGGGCCAAGAAGCUUGGAAGUGACAACUUCAUUGAUAAGCUACAUUAUCCUCUGGGUUUCUUCUACUUAUCUUCGAUAAUCUGUUUCUAUACAUGUCCCAGUUUUGUUAGAUUAACAGUAGCUUCUUCUAGUGGUAAUGGAAAAGUUUCCAGUGUUUUAUAUGCCUCCAGUUGCUAUUUUUACUGUUACGGGAUAGCAAUACAGAUUAAUAGACACCGA